AAAGUGAAUGCCAUUAUAGUAAUAAUUGAAGACAGUAAUUACUGUUUUAAAUGUUUACUAAUUUAUUCAAAAGAAGUAUGGUUAGCAAAUAAGAAAGAUUCAAAUGAUGUGCUUGGUUCAUUUGUUACUGAAUUUUUUGCUGAUUCACAAUGGCAAUUGAUCAUUGAUUUGGAUUUUCUGAAGAGUUUAUUUCUCAAAUUUGAGAAGGCAUUGAAAACUGGAGAUGAACAGUCCAUACAACGGUUGCUAACUAUGUUGCAACCUUUAAAGGAAUAUGACGUUUCAUCAUUUUGUAUUGCUGAUAUUGCUCAUUACUUGUGGACUGCAGUUGAAUAUGCUCGUUUCGUGGAAAAAGGAAAUCACUGUACUAAUUGUAGCUGUAAAAGCGAACUUCGGGAGCAUGAAAGUUACCAGUGGAUUUUUAAUGUAUUGGAUGCAAUGGGCAAAGUACCAGCUGGUAUUUUAAAUGGUAAUAAUCUUUGGAUCGGUUCAUGGAAAAUAAUAAAACUUUUUACAGGUUUUUUCAUUAAAUUUUUACUGGCAUUUUCAAUGUAUACAAAUGGUGGGAAUAUUUUAAAAACUGAAAAACGAGAUAAUCAAAUAGAUUGCCUUCAUGGUACUCGAGUACUCAGCAUGUUUUGGAUCAUUCUUGGUCAUUCGUUUUAUUAUAUUGUUACUAGUCUAACUGUUGAUAAUUUAUUUCCUACUGUUAUUGCAUUCCCGCAAAAAUUUUUGAAUCUUAUCAUUCUGCAGGCUCCUCUUGCCGUUGACUCAUUUUUUUAUCUGAGUGGUAUGUUGACUUCAUUUCUGUUCAUGGAAAAAUUUAAAGUUGAAGCUGCCAAAGGUCGUUCUAUAUAUUCGUUUGAAAUGUGGUCAUCUUUCUACAUUCAUCGAUAUAUCAGAAUUACUCCAUUAUAUGUGUUAGUAAUGAUAUUAGAUAUUACUUUGCUGACACAUUUUUCUGAUGGACCUUUUUGGCGUCCUAUCGAAGCAAAUUAUUGUCGUAAAAGUUGGUGGACUAAUCUUAUAUACAUGAAUAAUUUUUUGUUACAAGAUGUCGAAAUUUGCAUGGGAUGGACGUGGUAUCUUGCAAAUGACAUGCAAUUUCACUUAUUUUCACCUAUACUUCUCAUACUUUUAUAUACGAAUCAGGUUGUGGGUAUUAUUGUUUCGUUAUCGCUAAUUACAAUAUCAUCUUUAGUUCAUUUGUUCAUUAUUCAUGCAAAUAACUAUCCACCAGCUCCUUUACUUACUACUAAACUUCAAUUAGUGCAAGACUUAAACGCCUAUUGGCCUGAUGUUUAUAUAAAACCGUAUAUUCGUUGCAAUCCAUAUAUAAUUGGUGUGCUGAUAGGGUUUGCAUUGCAUAAAUUUACUCUGCGACCAUUAUUUGCUAAGUGGAAAAUAAUUGCUGGUUGGAUCAUAUCCACGAUUUUUGGAUUUUCAUCCGUCUUUAGUUUGUAUUAUUAUGCUCUCACUGGUGAUAUCUCUGAUAUUGCACGAAUUAUGUAUGCUUUAUUUGGACGAAAUGCAUAUGCUUUAAGCUUGGCAUGGGUUACUUUCGCAUGUGCAACAGGAUAUGGAGGAACGGUAAAUGAUCUGCUGAGUUGGAGAGCUUGGAUACCACUUAGUCGUAUAACAUUUUCAGCCUAUCUUAUACAUCCUAUCUUGCUGCAGAUUUAUUAUUUAAGUCGACCACAUGCUUUUCAUUUCACUACCGUCUAUCAAAUGCUUUAUCAAUUUGCAAUAGCUGUGGCAUUGGCAUAUUCAGUUGGAUUCUUUUUAUCCAUAGCAUUUGAAGUACCUAUUUCAAUUCUUCAGAAUAUCAUUAUGGAUAAGUUAAUAGCACAAAUACGAGCAAAUCGAUAUUUGAAACCUCCAGAAAUAAAAGUCAAAUUGGCAGUAGCACUAAGUGUCAAUGCAGAAGAAAUUUUGUUAACAGAAACCAACCUUGAUUCUCAUGAAAAUUAUAUUUUGGAUCAAAAACAUAAAGCAAUGCAACUGUGA